AUGGAAAAAGUAAAUUCCAAAUCAAGUGGAGUUUAUUUCAUUGGUGGUCCAGGGGGAUCAUGUAAAACUUUUUUAUAUGAAGCGCUCCUAGCUGGUGUGAGGUCUCAAAACUUAAUUGCUUUGGCUACUGCAUCUUCUGGAGUAUCUGCAUCUCUUUUACCUGGAGGUCGGACAGCUCAUUCAAGAUUUAAAAUUCCUUUGGAAAUAGUUGGUGAGGUUAAUUGUUCUGUUAGUAAGCAAUCAACUCUAGGGACUUUGUUGAAAAUGUCAAAUUUAAUACUCCAGGAUAAAGCACCUAUGGUGAAUCGUUGUGCUGUUGAAACUGUUGAUAUAAUGCUCAGAGAUAUAAUUGAUUGCAACUUUCCUUUCGAUGGAAAAGUAGUAGUUCUAGGAGGAGAUUUUCAACAAGUUUUACCAAUUUCUGAUCAAAUUUACACAUAUUAUAAUUUUGAUGAGGCAAUUGACAAGUCAAAACAAAGCCUACAGGAAGAUUUAUUGAAUACUUUGACUCCAAAUGGUAUUCCACCACAUGAAUUGGAGUUUAAAAUAAACUAUUUUGUAAUGUUAUUGUGGAAUAUCAAUCAUUUUGAAGGGUUAUGUAACAGAACAUGCCUUACUUUUAGAAAAUUUAAUAAGAAUGUAAUUCUUGCUGGAAUUACAACUGGUGAGUAUUGUGGAAAAUAUGUUUUCUUACUGAGAAUCCCUUUUGUACCUCUAAAAAGUGAUCAAACUUCAAUUUCAUUCAAAAGACAUCAAUUCCCUAUUAGGCCAUGCUUUGCAAUGAUGAUAAAUAAAGCACAAGGUCAAACACUUGAUUUCGUUGGCUUGUAUCUUCCCGAACUAGUUUUCUCUCAUGGUCAACUUUAUGUAGCAUUGUCAAGAGCUAAAACAAGUAAAUCUUUUAAAGUUUUACUUAAACCAUUAAGCAUAAAAAAUUUACAGAAUACACAUACUAAAAAUAUUGUUUACAAAGAAAUUCUUUCCUUCAUACGUUUAUAA